AUGUCUACCGUGGAGGAGCUGCAGCGGGAGAUCGGCGAGGAGAACAUGCAACACCAGCAGACAAUGGAGACAGUGAUGCGGCAGCUGGAGAUCAGCCAGAGUGUUCUUGAAGACCAAAAGCAGUCGUUCCAAGAACUCAUUACACGGGUCACAAGGCUACGGGCCUUGAAGUGCGAGCUCCUUUCAAGCGAGUCAGGCAGCGUUGCCAAUGCACUCAAUUUUAACACAGGAAACAAGGACGUGGAUGAGUUCCUCUACAGCCUGCAGGACGCUCUGGAGGAGGCAACACUGACAGGCGACACCCUCCUGGAUAAGUUCUACAGGGCUGCCCAACAGAUCUUGACGCAGGGGAAAUCCAGUAGCAGCUCAGCAAAGCGGAGCAGCGACAUCGCAUUUGUGGUGCGAAAAGACAUUCGUGGUGCACAGCUGUGGGCACAAAAGCACUACAAGAAAUGCUCCACCUGUGACAAGAAGCGGGCGGGGCUGCCAUCAUGGGAGCAGACGGACGAAAAAAGUUUGGGGCUGGCUCGAUUGGCGGAUCUUAGCCUCAUCCCUGGAAAGUGCUUUUACAAGGCGGCCAUUCGAUUCUUCAGAACAAGCUGCGCAGAGCACAUGCUUGACGUCUGCCGCGUCUCGGCGGUUCUGGCGAUGAGGGGUAAAAAUGGGUGUCCUAUCAAGGACCCUCCCGCCACGGCCAAGAAAAUCACUCAGGUUUUCACGGCUUGGAUUCAAACAGCAUUGACUACUGCCAGGGAUGAGGCAAAGAAGGCACCAUGGAAUGAGGAGGCCACCAGGAAUUUGUUACUGUCAGGCGCCGUGGAGGUGUUUUUGCACUCAUUGCACGCAAACGUGUCAGUUUCGUUGGCUUCGCCAACACUAACCAAUGUGAUGGAGGCGGACUGCACCCCCAUGAAUGUUAAUGUCGUGAUAUUAACGCCCAGAUACAUUCCCGCGCUGAGUUCGCUGCUUGAGCUGCUCUCCGACGCUGCGCAGCGUGCGUACUUUGUGAAGCACAUUGUGCAACCGUUGGCAGAGCGGCUGGGGAAACUCUUGGACAUGGUUGAAGUCGUUACCCGCUACACCAGCUUGGCAACGAACAUAGUAGAUGCACUCGUUCGGAUGGCGCAAAUGAAGUGGUUCUCCGAAGUUCUUCGAAAAGACUCUUCCAAAGGCGCAAAAGCUGCUGCCCCACUGGAAAAGAUGGGGCCCAAGUUGCAGGCUGUUUUUUUUGUCCUGGCGGUGUUUGGCACCAGUGUGGAGGUGGACUGUGCGAUUCCCUCCCCAGGAGAUAUAAGUGACAUUGCUGGCGCCAAAAAGGUUCUGUUAAAUGUUCUGGAAAGCUUCCUACGGUUACUCACCGCACCCAAUCCGUACACGACUCCUCCUACGAACGACCCAAAGGCUGCUGAUGUGAUCCUCCGCUUGCUGCGAGCACCCACUAUUUUUCUGGAGCUACUUAAUAGCACCUUCAGUAGCAGCCGUCGUCUGCCCUCGACGGCUCGCGUUGGCGUGGUGGAUUUUCUCGCUUCACCCAAAGCUAAAAUUCGCUAUGGACUCAAGGUUUUUUCGGAGAUCAUCGUGGACAUCUACCGGCCGUACGCACCGAGUACCGGGGUUGUCAUUGCGGACGAGAAUGGCAAGGCGGGGAAGCCAAAGGCGGCGGGGUGCGUUCCUGUUGCCGAUAUGCCGCGUGACAUUGUGCGCGCCAACGUCGAAGUGGCGGAGCAGGCGGAGUUGUACAUGAAAAAGCUGCUCGCGUGUCGACAGGAUACGUCGAUGGAGAGUGAGUUAUCACAAAGCGGGAAUGCGCUCUUAAACCGAGUGAUGAUGGAGGCGCGCGGGGAGACGCUCUUUUCCGCAUUUAUGAAAGACAUUGAGGCGCUGCAGGUGGAGGUGGUGAAAACGGUGGGUGCGUGCGUGGACGUUUGGCUGCCCUUCGGCGUUGAAGCUGGGGGUAUGAUGGAGAGCGCAGACGAGCUGCUGUACGUCCGCCUGGAAGCGCGUCGCCACAAGUAG